GUUAUUUAAUAUUAGCUGACCAUGAACGUGAUUAAUAUACUACAGCUAUUUUUUUUAAUAGCUACCGUCAAAAAAAGUGCAACAAAAAGUCUUGCAGAUGAUGGUACCAUAGUACAACUUGAGGAAGGAAAGAUUCGUGGACACAUACUUAAAAGUGAAAAUGGAAACGAUUAUUAUGCUUUUCAAGAAAUCCCAUACGCCGCACCACCUGUAGGGGAAAACAGAUUUCAAUCCCCCAAGCCGCCGGAGCCCUGGACCGAUGUUCUUAAUACCACUAGAAAUACCAAAAUUUGUUAUCAGGACAUGCUGCUAAAUAAUAACUUUGAAAUAACUGAAGAUUGUCUAUAUAUCAAUGUCUACACGCCAGAAAAACCAGGCAGCAACAAUCUGCUUCCAGUUUUGAUAUUCAUCCAUGGAGGAGGAUUUGCCAUAGGAGCCGGUACAUUUGAGUCUGUUGGUCCAAAAUAUGUAAUGGAUUCUGGUAUCGUCGUUGUUACCUUUAAUUACAGACUUGGUUCUUUUGGCUUUGUUGGCACCAACGAUGGAGCUAUUUCUUUAAAUAAUGGACUCAAAGAUCAGAGGUUUGCUAUGGAAUGGGUGAAUAAAAAUAUUCAUUUGUUUGGUGGAGAUCCUAAUCAUGUAACUAUAGCGGGUCAAAGUGCAGGAUCUAUGUCGGUUGGAUAUCAUCUUACAGGACCGUGGGAAAACGGCAAACAGUUGUUCCAUGCUGCAAUAAUGCAAAGCGGAAGCCCAGUCGCAGGUUGGUUCACACAGGUUAAUGAAACCAACACAGCCUUAGCACUUGGUAGGUCAGUGGAUCGUAACUUUACAUCUAAUGAUACAGAGGAGUUGCUAAAAGUACUACAAAAGGCGGAGGCAAGGGAUAUUCAAAACGCACGAGCCUUAAGUGGAGUGUCCACCGAACCGGAAGGACCAUUUUCAUAUGGUGGUUUUGCUGCAUUUUUUGGUGGAAAUUAUAAAAGUGUACCAGUUCUCAUUGGAUUCAAUUCAGAGGAAGCCGCACCUAUGGCUAUAAUACAAGAAGUAUUCGUAAGAGAAUCUGUGGAUAGAAAUCCAAGCCAACUCAUUGAUAGCCGAAUAAAUAUGUCGUCCGAAGAUAGAGAAACUGCUGGUACUUUGAUAAAACAAUUAUAUACACGUAAUACCAGUUUUAUGGAAGAUUUCGGCGGGUUUGUACGGCAUACUAGUGACCAGUUAUUUGUGAAUGGAAUAUGUAAACAAGUUGAAUUAACGUCUCCCAAUGUGCCAAAUUAUUUUUAUCAAUUUGCUUACAAGGGAGAAUUAGGCGGAGAAAUGUGGCUCUUACCAUUUUUACCACCAGAUGUAGAAACAGUUGCCCAUGUUGAAGAUACUCACUAUAUGUGGGAAGAUGCAAGUAACACUGAUCUUAGUAAAUUUCCAGAAUCAGAUCAGCUUGUUCUUCACAAGUAUGUUAAACUGUGGACUAAUUUUGUCAAAUUUUACAACCCAACACCAGAACCCGAUCCAUUUUUGGAUAACGUCAUCUGGGAAUCAUCCGAACCAAAGACGUUAAGGUUUCUAAAUAUUAACGCAACUUUGAGUAUGCAAAAAAAUCCAAGACAAUACAAAGCCGUUAACGAGAUAAUGGAAUUAUACAUGCAACCACCUUUUGUAUUGUUUAACUAAAUAAAUUCAAAUAUUUUUUAUGUAAAAUA